AUGAAAUCUCAAAAGAAGGAAAAAUUAACUAAAGUAGUGGAGAGACGUAAUGACGAUCCCAUUAAGCCAGAUGAUCAGCUACAUUUAACUGCAGAAGUAAGAAUUAAACAAUUUAAUUUGUAUUUUAAAAUCCAAUGUGUGUGCUAAGCUUUUUAAGUGUUUUCAUUAAAAACUUUAUUGCACUGCGGGAUCCCCUUAUAGCAGUUGCGUAUUCUCAAGGGGGAUCCAGGAUCGAGACCCCCCUCGAAUAAGCAAAUGUGGUUAAAAAGUCAUAUAGAUGGCUUGCUAGCAAGGUAUAGAGAAAAAGAAAAUUAAUUUAUACCGAAUGAUUUUUUUUAUCAUGAACCAGUAAUUAUCUCAGAAGUGAAUUUGAUUUCUAUUUUUUUGUAAUCUUUGUUUAAACUUUAUUUUGAAACUAUUUUUAAUUUUUUAUUAUUACUAUUUUUAUUUUUCAAAUGGGAACCAAAUUUUUUUCAAAUUUUGAACACAGAUUCAAAUAGAGUAUAUUUUUCUAGAAAUAUUGAUAUGCAUAACACUAAUAUCAGAUUUACCGUUUAUAAGUUUAACUGUUUAAAGUUUAGACCGGAAUAGUAGGAAAGUGUUAUCAACUAUCAUUUAAAAGUAGGUAUACAAUCUAUGGAAUAAAGGUAAAUAAUUAAAAAUGGUAUUAAAAUAAAGCUUGAAUUAUUGUACAAAGGUUAAAUUAAAUUCAUUUAAAAUUUUCUGAAAUAAUUACUGCUUCAUGAUGAAUAAAUCACCAUUUUUUAGAGAUAUUUUAAUCCCCCCCACAAAAAAAAAAUUGAAAAUACACUACUGCCUUGUGUAGUAAACAACCUAUGCAACUUGAGAGUGUGAGUUUGUAUACAACGAAAAUGUCUAUACUUUGCUUGUAUGAUUCAAAAUAUUUAUUACUUAGACAGUAGCAGAUCUGAAGCUAAUUUAUGGGAGGAUUAAGAUAAGGAUAGCCUAUUCAUAUCUUUAUUAUUUAUGAGUUCCAGUAGGUAAUAAUUUUAAAAUAAUUAAUUUACCUGUUAUUACCACCCCCUCAAAUCCACUACCACUCCAAGACUACUGUGUUUGUUCUCAACCAAAUUUACCUAGUUAACUGGAAUCAUGCAGUUAACCUUAAUUUUUAGGUUAUAAUUUUAUCUUCUUAGAUACUUAUUUACUUAUCUAAAUUACAUUUUAUUGUCUAUUACACCAAUCCAAUUCCUAUCCAUUUAAAAUUAUACUCUUUUGCCUGCCAAAAUAAGCCUUUGUAUGAUCCUGUCAAAUUCUGACCCGUCUUUUCCAGUUUUCCCAUACUUUUGUAGUGUACAUAUAUAUAUAUAUGUAGUGAUGUUAUCUAUUGUUAAUUAAUUUUUUUUAAGUGUAGAUAAAUUUGCUGCUUUAAUUUAAGUAAUGGAUAUGGUAAUCAAUGAAAAUGUGUAAACAAUUAUACUACGCCCAUUUAUAUUAAUAAUAAUAAUAAUAAUUGAGAUAACCCCGUUCUGGUGCCUAUUUCUGUAUACAUGAUCAAGUGGAGGGAAUUAAGUUCCAGUAGCUGGUUGACAUGGUUUGAAAGGGACGCUAAGUGCGGAGGGGAUCAACAACUGUUGUUGAGCUGCCUAAAAAGAAAUAGGUACGCGCAACCAAACGACGAAAACUCGUUAUCAACAACAUAAUAUAUUUAUUGCAUGUAAUUUAUUAUGUCCUAACAACAUUAUGUUAUAGGUACCUAAUAUAACCUACCUAAUAUAUAUAUAUAUAUAUAUAUAUAUAUGAAGAUAAUAUAAUAUAAUAAAAUAAUAAUAAUAUAAUAUAAUAUAAUAAUUUAUCUGAAAAAUAAAUAAAUUAGUUAAAUAUAUAUAUAUACAUAUAUGUUAAUAAAGGAAAAUUUGUUAGUAUUUGUCGCUAAUCAUUCAUGUUUGGGAAUAAAUGGGAUACAAAUUUUAAAUUGUUAAUAACAUUUUUAAUUUUGGUAAAUUUUUUUUUAAUAGCUUUUUAUUUUUAUAUUUUCAAGUAGAAAAAAAUAUUAUAACAACAAAAUAAAAAUUAAUUCAGCACAAAGAGAAUAUCUAGAAUUAAUUAAUUUAGCACUUACAGGGUUAAUAAUUGUGGCUUUUUACGUCGUAUAAAUACAUUUAAUAUGCAUGGUUUUAUAAAAUUCGUUAAAAUAUAAAAAUUUCAGUCUAAACAGAAAUAACUAAAUGCGGUUAAAUUUAGCCAAAUAAAUGAAUGUAUUACAAAUAAAUGUAAAAAGUAAUCAAUUUUUAAAUAAUAAUAACUAAAAAUUUAAAAAUAUUACUUAUUGCAUAGGUAAUAAAUAAAAUACCUAUUCAUUUACAAUUUAUUUCAGGAACUUGACGAAUUUUACGGUAAUAUUUUUUAUGUCAAAGAACCGAUAAAGUUAGCUUCAAGAGUAAUUUAUGAUAAUAAAAGUCGAAGUUUCGUGACACAGACGGACAAAAAUAUUUACGUAACAGCCAAUGUGAAAUCAACAUUACUAUUUCAUGGAUCGACGGAAGCUGAAACACAAUUGGAAAAUGAUUUAUGUAGUAAGAACUAUGAAUCUGAAAAAUGUUUUUCAAUUACUAUUUCUUAAUUUUAUUUUAAUUUUUUUUUUUUACAGAAAAAUAUGAGAGUCCUGAUGUUGACGAUGAUAAAAGCAUUGUUGAAAUAGAAGAGGAACAAAAACAAGAAGAAGAAGAAGAAGGUAUAUAUAAAAAUGAGGAUGAUAAUAUUGAGGAGAAUGCAGCGGAAGAGAUGGGUGAAGAAUUUGAAAAUGGUGAAGAAGAAAAUAAUGAUGAAAUGAAUGAAAUGGAGGAACAGAUAAUUAUACCGGAAGUGCAAUUACCUCAAUUACCUAAAAAAUCGUUCACCAUAACUAAGAAAAAGUCUGGAUCGUCUUUAUAUAGUUUGCCGAUUCAAAAAAGAUGUGUCUUCGUAAAACUAGCAAACAAAUUCAACUUUACUAACAGAUAUUCUCAAAAUAAGAAAUGUAUACUCAGAGUAAGUAGAUUAUUGUAUAUAUAUGUACUUCAAAAUUCUGAGCAUAACAAGAAAUGUAUUGGUUUUACUAUGAUGAGUGGGAUUUUUUUUAUUAAUUUAUUAUCUUUUCAAUCUGUAAACAACAUUUCUAUCAUAAAUAUUGCUCUUAUCAAACAUGACAAGAGACUUUUUUGUUGUAUUUUAGAUCUUGUUGGUGAAUAAGAGGCAGAGUCUGAUUUACAAAUUUUAAGGCCCAGGACAAAAGGGCCGUUAAUCAAAAUAAAAAUAAAAAAAUAUCAGCAUUCUACUCCGGUAAUGCGCAAGCAUCUAUUAUCCAUUAUCUUAAAUCCAAUCAAAUAAUUAAACCAAUUAGGCCUUUGAUUCGCAUGAACCAUGGACAAAUAUGCAUAAUGUACUUGCGUAAAUAGGGUACUGAUAAAAAGGUCAUUUUUGUCUUUCCAAACAGUUUUUAUAAUAAUUGGAAAAAUAGGAAAAAAAUAAAAUAAAACACGACAGAUUCACAACGUUAAAGAUAUCAUAAUUUUAAGUUUUUCAAUUUUUGUUUUUUUUAUCAAAAGUCAUAAUCGAAAUUUCAAGAAAAUCAUGUUUUCUAUGAGAAAAUUUUGUCUAGUGGGUAUGAAAGUUAGUUUUCAGCCGGGAUAGACUUGGAAACAUUUAAAAAACUAUGAGCUGAUACUGGCUGAUAUUGGGGAUGGGUGAGCCACUGUUGUAAGUCGAAAGUCUGCUAGGUAUAUAAAAACAUAAUAUUAUUUAAUUUAUAUCUGUAUACGAAGCUACAAAGUAUUAUUGAUGGUGAAAUAAGAUUCCGAAUGAAGUUACAUACUUCAUCAUCGUAUGCAUAUUUUAAAAAGCCGUAAUAUUUACGAUUUUCGUUAAAAUUUGUUUUUUAAGUUCUUAUAAAAAAAAAAAAAAUAAAUAAAUAAAUUCAACGUUUUCUUAUUGACUACUAAGUACAAUUUAAAAUGAACCUCCUGUUUAAUUUUCAAGUAUUUCUUUUUCAUCCAAAUUUAAUGUCUCUACGAAUAUUUAACAGAAUUGCAUAAAAAAAACAAACGGACAUAAAUCGCACGAUAGAUGGGCCACUGUUGAACGUGAGAAGUUGGGAAGGUAAAGAGAAAAUUUAAUAUACAUAUACAUGCAAAGAUUAAUCAUUCAUUCCUAACGAAAACCGAUUAUGAGCAGAUUUCGGUCAUAUAAGGGGUAAUAAAUCUUUAGUAUGUAAGACAUUCAUCAUCUCGGAAAGUAAACGUUUUUACGGAAUUUGUUUUAAAGAACAUUUAAGAAACAAAACAAGCUUUUCUUAAAUUUAAAAAUUACAUUUUUUUCCUCACCCUAAUUUUUGGGGGUGAAACGACUACCUAUUUUUGAUUUUCAUAUAACAACCUAUAUUAAAAAUGCCAUAAAUAGAUGGAAUAGUAGUUAAAAUAAAUGUUGGUGUUUAAAUUUGUAAUUUCCGUCAAUCCAUUGACGCGAUAUAGCACUUUUAAUUUUGGAUCAGAGGAGAGUAGUGGAGCAUCACUUGUGUGGCGGCACAGCACGCGGCGUUUUAAGAAUGAACCUCCACUCUCCCCCGACCCAAACUUAAAAAUGAAAUAUCGCGUCAACGGAUUGACGGAAGUUACAAAUUUAAACACCAACAUUUAUUUUAACUACUAUUCCAUCUAUUUAUGGAUUUUUUUAACAUAGGUUGCCAUUUAAAAAUCAAAAAUAGAUACUACUUUCAUCUCAAAAAAUUAGGGUAGCAAAAAAUUAAAAAAAUGUAAAAUUGCAGAGCAGCUUAAUUUUAAAAUUUUACAUAAAACAAAUGUCCAAAAAAGUUAAUACUUUCCGAGAUAAUGUGUGACUAACGAUAGAUUGAUCACCUUGUAUGUUUUGAAAAGCCGUAAUAUUUAUGAUUUGAAUAUAAUACAUUACGUACAUUUUCCUGUUUUUCCCGGUUAUUUCCAUUUAUUAUGAAAUACGUUGUGAAAAUUAAAAAUAACUUGCUUAGAGUACCAUCCCAGUCAAAUUUUCCAGUAAUGGUGUUAUAUUUGAAAAUCUGAACAAUAUUAUUGGUUAAAAGUUAUUCACGGAAAAAAAAAAUAUUCAUACUUUUUUCCGGACUACCUAUGUAAUUUUUUGGUUUAACUCAUUGAUUUAAACAAAAAGACUUUCUAGGUCACUAACUAGAUUCAACCAUUAGAGAUCUUUUUUUUUUCUAUUGGAGUUAUAUUUUUUGGGUAGAAAACUAGAAAGCAUAUGUUUAAAAAUUUAAAAUAAAGUAAUCGCUGUAAAUUCAUUAGUUAUCAAUUUUGUUUUAUUUUUUUUUUUUUGUUUUUCCUAAUUAUUGUAAAAAAUACUUAGGAUAUUAAAAAAUUACUUACUUUUUCUACUGGCUGUAUGUAAAAGGAAUAAAAUCAAUUUCAUGUCAUUUUUUUUUGAUUUGAGCAAUAUUUCUGGUAGAAAACAUCGUGUAAACAAAUUUAAAAUAAUGAAAUCGGUAACACCGCAGAGCACCUUAAAUAUUUACUGUUUUACUUACACUUUUCUUUCGGAUUUUCCCAAUAUUAUUUUAAAAAUCAUUUAGAAAAUCAAAAAAGACCUCCUUAGUCUUUAUGCGCCAACUAGAUAAAAUUAUCUUUUAGAAAAGGUGCUAUACUUGAUACUUUGGAGCAAGAUUUUUGGUGGAAAAGUUGUUUACAGAGAACAAAAUAAAAAAAACACAUCAAAGCAAAAUCAACAGAAUCUCCGAAUUUAAAAGAAUAAAUAUACAACAGUAAAAGUUUAAUUAUUUUCUAUUUUAAGUACUAAAUGAAGGGAGGAAUGUAUCGGUUUUACAAAGUAUAUACACUUUGUACAGACAUUUUCUUUCUUUCAAAAUUUUUAUCUAAUUGUUACUUCAAAUUUUGAUUUUCCAAGCAGUUUUCAUAAUAAUUUGGUAAAAUCGGGAAAAAACGUAGAAAGAACAGAACAUUAUACGACAAUAAUGUGUUUAUUAUUUUCAAUCCAGUUUGUGUUUUUGUUAUAAUUUAGCUUAAAAUAUUUGUAGAGACUUGAAAUUUAGACAAAGAACUUACAUUUACCUUUUCUAGAAGAAGUACAAUUUUCAAAAGACAUGAACUAUUUUUUAGCGAAUUAUAGAUUAAGAUUAAAUGUACGCUAGUGGUGAUGUUUUUUCGAUAUUUUUAUUUUUAAGUGAGAUAUGAGUAUGUGAAAUACCAUAUUUUAAAAAUUCUAGAGAACAUAAUAAUCUUCUUACCUUUAAGUUUGGUGAUAAUUCAAUUUACUUUAAUGAUAUUAAAAUUAACGUCACAAAAUGAUUUGUCCUGCUAAACGCAAAUUUGGUAUAUACUUUACGGGUAUAAAGACCUGAAAUUUUCACGGAAUACUUUUAUAUUUUUUUUAUAUUUGUCUUUUCUAGACAUGUACCAUACACGAAAUCGUCAUUGAAAUUCGUCUAUUUUUUAGUAAAAAUUAUCAUAGGGUUAAUCCAUUAUAGUUCGCGUCAAGAAAUCUUGCGGCUGAACGUCACGUUCCAAGCAGACAUUUUGCUGUAGUGGUUAUCAAACAAUAAUACAAUUUGCCGUGCUUAUUCAAAUAAGUACGCCUUUCGAUGGGUGACUAUAAUUGACUUAAUGUCUCUUAUCUCAAAAUAGUAAAAUAUUCAGGAGAGAUGAAAUGUGAAUACUAAUCGUGUAUUACAUAUAGCGUUUUUUUUGUCCCGUAGAAUAAGAGCCACUGUCUACACUAUAGGUAAGGUUCGAGAUACGGCGGUGGCCAGCUACCAGUUUUUGUGACGUGGAUUAUAGGAUACCUAGAAACUGAAGGGCUAUUUUAUUUUUCGUGAAAAAGUGCGUGCGUACUUCGCAUACUUUUGAGAGAAGUAAAACAUUUAUUGGGAAAACUCAUGGGAAAAACAAAAAAUUACUUCCCUUAAGUACAACCACAGUCAGGUAUCCUACCAAAAAAAGUGUUAUCAUCGAAAUCAGAUCAAAAUUUCUGGUAAAAUAGUUGUUAACAGAAAAAAAAAUUAAAAAACUGAUCAUCACUAUAAAAUCAAUACAUUCCUCGUUCCACUCAAAAUCUAAAAAGAAUGUUAUACAAUUUUGACAUUUUUAAUGAAAAAUAAAUAAUCCUACAGUUGAAUGUAUGCACAAUUUUUUGUUAUAAGAGUACGACCAUAAAUCUCCAAUGAAAUAACUGUUUUUAAAUGCACCUACAUUCUUCUGUGGCAUGGCGAUAGAGGUGAUUGAGAGGCGGUGAAGUGUAGAGAAGAAUGUAUUGAUUUUACAAAGAUGUUUAUUUUUAAUUUUUUUAUUUUUAUACUUUGUACAAAAAUACUACCAGAAAACUUACUCCGAUAUAAAUGUGUGGCAUUGUUUCUGAAAGGGGAUGUUGUUUAGAUGGUACAUUUGGGAAGUCAUUUUUUGAUUUUCCAAGUGAUUUUCAUAAUACCUGGGAAAAUCUAGGAUAACGUACAAUUUACGAAAAUAAUAUUUCAAUUAUUAUUUAAACUUUGUUAUUUGUUGUAAUUAGGUUAAAAAUAUUCAUAGAGAUUUGAAAUUCGGCAGAAAACGUGCCUUUUUUGGAUAUGGUAAAAUGUUCUAAUAAUUUAAGCCUUUUUAGAGCUAUUUAAAGACAUUUUAAUUUUUCGUGUUUUAUACGUAAUUUUUAUUCGGUAGGUACUGCGGUAAAAUUGUUAGACUUAACAAAAAUAUAUGAAAAUUAACAGGAUUUUCAUUUGUGGUAAAAAAAAAUUAAGUUAAAUGUAGUAUUUUUUUUUUUAUAGAGGAAUUUUAAUAUCAAAUUUUGACGAAAAUUUUUUGAGAAAAAAAUUAUGUGGAGCAAAUCUAAUUUUUAUAUUUUUUUAUUUUGAACAUAUUUAUAUUGCCGAUUUAAGAUCAAUGACAAAGUAAGAAUUGAACGAACUGAUAUAUAGUUUCGAAGUUAUAGCUUUUUAAAGUUCUGAUAUGCGAAUAUUAUAUGUUACGUUAAAUAACUAAAUAUUGUCAAACUUAAAAAUAUUUGUCGUAAUCUAAUGGAAAUUAGACUUAUUAACAUCCUAGGGGCCGCGAGUUAAAACCCGAGUUUCGAAACAAAUUUUUGAAUUUUUUUUCGCCUUUUACCUAAAUAAUGAAAAAACAAAUGAAUUUCGGGUGUAUCUAGGGACCCAAACUAUUGCUCGCUCGGACUAUUUUAAUCGCAAAAUACCCCUUAAUUUGUUGUGCAAAUUAUUCUACCGGAAACCUUGCUUAGAUGUAUCAAGUGUAGCUUAUUUUCUAAAAAGAAAUUCUAUCUCAAUGGUACUUUAGAGAUAUCAUUUUCCAUCGAAAAAUAUAUUUGCCCCUGAAAAUAUUUAAGUUUUUCACGCCAUUGACGUUACGUUCGUAUUAUUGUAUUCAAGAGCCGCAAGUCAUAAAAUUAAUUAAAUAAAUAGUUAAAUCAAAUUAUGUUAGUUAUAAUUUAUUUUUUUUAAUAAAAUAAUACUUCAAUAUUUAUAAGAAUUUUUAGAUUCGGAGCAUACAAGGAAUAAUUUGGUUUUACAAUGAUUUCCAAUUAUUUUUUCAUGUAUUUUUUAUACUAUGUGCAAAAUUUCUACCAGAAAUCUUGCUCUAAAUAAGGGUCUUUUUCGGAAUGGAAAUUUGGUCUAUUAGUUCCUUAUUUUUAGGAGUUAUUUUUUAAUCUUCCAAGCAGUUUUCAAAUAAUGGGAAAUACGUUGGGAUAUACGGAGAAAUAUUUAUGAUACAACGAUUUUAUGAUUUACAUUUUUGUAACUAAUGUUUUCAGAAAUAUUGUCUGAAUAGAAAAACAACAAGAGACGUUUUUUAGUUUAGUUGAUGAUUAAAAAAGUUAUUUUUUGAUUUUCCAAGAAAGUUUUUUCAAUAAUUUAAAAAAACCAAAAAAAUUCUAGAAAAAAUGGUAACAUUUAUGAAAAUAAAUGCUUUUAUUAUUUUUAAUUUGGUGUUUUGUUUUAUUUCAGUUAAAUAGUAUUUCAGUAUAAAUAUUUGUAGACUUAAAAUUUUGACAAAAACUUAUAUUUGCUUUUUAUAGAUGUGGCAAAAUUUUCAAAACUUUUGAAGCAUUUUUGAACUAUUUAUAAACAAUUUAAUUUUGUGAACAAUGGUUUUUCAGUAGGUAUUCUAUAGAAUAAAUUGUUUAACCAAACAGAAGUGUUUGAAAUUUCAACAGGAAGUUCAUUAUAAUUUUAUAAUUUAUAUUUAACAUUAUAAGUUUAUUAUAAAAUGUAUAAAAAGAAAAUAUCAAAUAUUUUAUUAAUACAUCUAUGACAAGGUUUCUACAAAAUUUUAAACAAUGUUAUAUUGAUUACAUCAUUCAUUAUUAGUAGAAAAAUAAUUUUAGGUACAACAACUAAACAUCUCCAUACUUUAUAAUUAUUAUAAUUUUUUUUUUUUUUAAACGUAUCCUAGAGUAAAAGAGACAAUACGAAGACUCAGGAGAGCAAUAUUUUGAAAGGAUUGUAGUGUACAAAUUUAAGAUGGCAUAGCCCAUCCCCAAAUUUAAAUUGCAUAGGCUCAAAUAGGUCUUAAUAGAGAUUUGUAAAUUGUUAACUUAGUAUGUAGAGCUAGUUUUGAUUAUAGUACUGGGUGGAGUAAAUGUAGUUUACUAUUCAGAUUUUUUAUUUUGGAUUUGAUGUAGGGACUCUAAUGCAACCUUUGUCAAGAACGAUACCAAGAUAAUUAAUUUCCCAAGUUGUUGAAACUGUAAUUCCUUAAAUAUUGGAGAGAAGGUUGUAUAGAUUUUUUUAUCGUGAAAAAGACAUAUUAUAUUGAUUUAUUUGAAUUUAUCUUAAUUCUCCAUUUGGAUCAACAGUUAUCGAUUAAAUUUAGAUGUGUUAGGAGAAAGUUUGAUAUCUCUACAUAGUCAUUUCCGGGUGAAAGAACUGCAGUGUCGUCUGCGUAAGUGGUCAUAAUUGUAUUGGAGAUUUUUGUAAUGUCAGUCGUGUAAAAAUUAUAAUAAUUAUAUAUUUAAUACUCACAUAUGCGGUCUUUCAAAUUAUAAGUUACAGACAAUUAUACCAUGAAAUAUGCUUAUAUAUUUGCUAUAAAAUAUCAUUUUGGCUAACAAGUUCUGAAUUUUAAGAUCCAAAUUCACACUAAUAACACUAAAUUUUAGCACAAAAAAAAAAAAAAAUAAUAAAAUUUGCAUUUGUGAAGACUAAUGAAAUGCAUGUACUUUAUGUACCUUCUCAAAUUCCUUCUAAAACAGUGGCACACCCAUUAGUAGUAGUACCUAUAAGUUUUUUUUUUUGUACUGGUAUCGUUUAAUAUUUUUAUAAUAGUUACCUAUUAUAACAAUAAUAUAAAACAUUCCAUAUAACUUAUAUAGGAUAUAGCUACCAAUACUCAAGUAACUAAAAUGGUUGGUUUUAAUGAGGAUAUAUCACCAGCGAAAAUAUAUGACUCUUAUAUUGAAGAUUAUGCAAGACAACAAGAAGAAAAAGAAAGAGAAAAAAGAGAGAAAAUGACAUCACUUGUAACCAAAAAGACUAAAAGUACUAAACAUCAUGAAGUACAAAGCCGAGAUCAAAUUUUACUAAACGUGAUGAUAAUGUUCGAUAAAAUCCUUAGCUUAAACGAAACAGAUGCUAUUGCACAAGGUAAAAUAAAACAUUUACUGGAAGAAAUAAAUAAAUAAUUAUUAUUAUAGUUUUAUAAUGUAGGUCAAUAAAAGUCAAGUAAUUACUUUUAAAUUCUAAACAGAGACAAUUUUUGAAUUAUUAAUUUUUUCUCUGCAAAUAACUUUCACGCCAGACCUUUUGCUCCAAUAAUAAAUAGAGAAAGCUAACUGGUAGAAAAAGUGUUAAAUAAAAAUAAACAUCAUCGUAAAACCAAUACUUUCCUUCCUUUACUCGGAAUCUAAAUUACAGGUAAAACUGUGAAUAUUUACGGCGAACCACGGCGAUUUAAUUAUUUUAAAUUUGUAUACACAAUAAUUUCUACCAAAAUUAUUGCUCUAUUAACAAUGAAACAAGACAUUUUUUUUAUUGCUUUUGUAAUCCAGUAGGUCAGUGGUGACCUACCGUGGCUUGGUGGCCGAAUCCGGCCCGCAAUAAUUUGUUAAUCGGCCCAUCAUAGUAUUAAAUCAAAUUGAAAAACUAAAAUUACUUCGAAUUUUAAAAAUUAACACAGACAAAAAUUUACACUUUAAUUUUUUUCACAUUUAUAGCAAUCAGUGCAUAAUAAAUAAUUAAAUAUAUCAUUGUAUCUAAAUUAAGAUGUACCUACAAUAAAAUACAAUAUUUUAAUAACUUAAAAGUAAAACUUUAAAUUCUUGGUGCGACAAGAAUUGUUAUUUUGUAUAGCCCUCUCUAAAAAAGGUUAAUACUUAAAACCAUUACUUUAAUUUGAAAAAGAUUAAAAAUAAAUUUGUUAUUAGCAAUCGGUUUUUGUUUAUUUUUUUAUUAUUUUUAAGUUUUCACUAUUUCAAUCUUUUAGUAUUUUUUAACAAUUAACAAUUUUUGUUUGGUGAUCAGGAAUGUCACCCAAUUUUUGGUAAAAAUAAUUAUUAUUAAAUAGUCAGUUCAUUUAAUUAUAAUAUUAGGAGGGUGGGUUAGAAGGGGUUUCUGAUUAUCUCAAAAUAAAAGCAUUUAAUACACAUUUUAGAUUAUAAGUGUAGUGAAGAUCAAUAAAAAAAUAUGCAUAAUAGAUUUAAAAAAAAUAAGAUAAAAUUUUGAAUUUCAAAAUGUGUAGUUUCAGAUUUUGGAUUUUCGGGUUGUCUGAGUUGAUAUCACAUCACUUGUAUAUACUACCUUCUCAACUUUUCGUCUAUAACAGUAGCAGUAUCAAAUCUAUUUUAGAUUCAGAUUAUAGCAAAGAAUGUAUUGGUGUUUUAAAGAUGUUUAUUUUUUUUUUGUGGGUAACUUUUCGAUUAGCAAAUUUGCUCCAAUUUUUAAUGAUGGCAAUUUUUCUCAAAGGAAAUUUCACUGAAGAGGUAUUUUAGAGAAGUCGUUUUCCAAAUUUUCUAUAGAGUUUUCUCAGCAAAUUUAAAUAGAUAAUUUAAUAUAUGCACCUAAGCAACAAUAAACCAUUGCUUACGAAAAAACGGUUCUGAGCGAAGUUUAGUUGAUAGUGAUGCUUUGUCAAUAGUAUAUAAAUAAUAUGCCAUUUUAUAGUAAAAUAAUUAAAUAGGCUUUAUAUAUUUUCUUUAAUAAUAUUUGUUUGAUGUUGUACCGAUUUGUCCAGUUUUUACGUUUUUCUCGGUUCUCCCUUUUUAUUUUUAAUUAUUAUUAAUUUAAUUAUUUAUUUUUAUUUUAUCCCGGUUUUUCAAAUUUGAUGAGAAAAUUGAAAAAUUUCCUUUCUAAAGUACCCCGUUAGGGAAAUUUCAUUUUAGAAACAUUGCUGUCAUUAAAACUUGGAGCAAAAACUGUUGAAAAGUUAUGCACAGAAAAAAAUAAGGCCGUAAUAUUCUUAGCUAAAACUUGAAAAAAUCGAAAAAUUACCUGCUUAAAGUAUCUCUCCAUGCCGAUUUUCCUUCAGAAAAGGUGCUACACGUAGAAAUCCAUGCAAUUCUUUUGAUAGAAAAUUUGUGCACAGAUAAAAAAAAAAAAAUAAACAUCUUUGUAAAACUGUAAGCUUCUUCGCUCCACUCAGAAUCUAAAAUGACACGCUUAUCAGUAGUACUUGGCUCUUUUUUUCUUUACAACUUAUUAUGACAUAAAAAUGUAAACAUUUGUCAGGACAAAAUGUCCUGAUUAUCAUUCGUCAAGAGUUAUCAGUGAGUACACGGUAUGAUAUUAAUUAUUGUACAUGUUCAUUGUCCCCAAUAGGACAAUGUUUGUAUACAAAUGUAUAGCUAUUAGAUUUGAUUACUUUCCGAAUUUAUUAUUUAUAUGAUUUUAUUAUUUAGAUAAAUUCUGAUUUAUUUUAUUAAGUAAAAAUAUAUUACUUAUAUUUAUCUGCGAACAUUUUCAUAUUUUUCCGUAAAAUAAAAAAAAGUAGAAAAAAAGAGUAAAAAUUUUUUUGCCGAAACCAGGGAUCGAACCAGGGACCUUUAGAUCUUCAGUCUAACGCUCUCCCAACUGAGCUAUUUCGGCUGUGAAUAAUUUUAUUACUUCUAUAACAUUUAACAACCACAUUGUAAAUAUAUUGAAAUUCAUAUUAUAGUAAUAAAAUAGUGUAUAGCAUUAUUAUGUUUAAAAAAACAUGAAAUAAACUGUUAAUUUACAAUAUCUAACAUCUGCAUUGUAAGUAUAUUGGAGUUCAUAUGUAAAAUAGUAGAUAGUGUUAUUAUAUUUACAAAAAUGUCCUUGGAUACUAGGAACAGAUGCAACCACCGUUGUAGGUGGGAAAUUGGGAAGGUAGAAUAUAGACGAGAAUUUAAUAUAUAUCUGUAAGCAAGAAAAACCGAUUCUAAACGGAGUUCAGUUAAUAGUGAAAUUUGACAACAAUAUAUAUGCCACAUUAAAGUAAAAUAAUUAAAUAGGCUUUAUAUAUUUUCUUUAAUAAUAUUUGUUUAAUAUUUGUUUAACAUUGGCUUUCCUACGUUUUUUCCGGUUUUCCCGUGGUUUUUUCCAGUUUUUCAAAUUUGCUGAGAAAACUCGGGAGAAAAUCGAAAAACGACCUCUUUAAAGUACCUCCCCAGUGAAAUAUCUUUUUAGGAAAAUUUGUAUAAUUAAAAGUUGGAGCGAAAUUGCUGAUAGAAAAUUUGUCUACAGAAAAAAAAUUCGUUAUAUUAUACAAAUAUAUUUCUUGUAUUUUUCGGUUUUUCGCAAUUAAUGAAAAAAACUCUUGAGAAAAAAUUGAAAAAUAACCUCCUUAAAGUAAUAUCCCACACCAAUUUUUUUUAGAAAAAGUGCUACAAGAAAGCAAUCGGAGUAAGUUCUCUAGUAGAAAAGUUUUUCACAGAAAAAAAAAAAUGAUAAACGUCUUUGUAAAACCAUAAGCUUCUUCGCUCCACUCAGAAUCUAAAAUAAUAUCUUCUAUCAAUACAUUUUAGAUAAUAAAUAAUAACCAAAUAAUUCAUAUUUCUUAAUGUAUCUAUGUCUAAUAGUAACCCAUUUUAAAUAAUCUCUCCUAUUAAAAUAAAUUAUUUUUAUGUAAAACAACCAAUUUUUAUUAUGGUUUUUUCUAUUUAUUACUUCAAUUAAUUUUUCAUAUUUAGUCGCGUUUUACAUUUUAACCGUGAUAAACCUGAAGAUGAAUUUUCAAUUCGAAAACGGUCGUAUAAUACACUUAUCAUAAUACUCCAGACGACCCAUUCAUUCUUUUAUUUUUAUUCAUUUUAGAUUCUGAGUGUAGCGAAAUAGUUUUAGUUUUACUAAGUUGUUUUUUUUUUAUUAUUAUUAUGUGUUUGAAAUUUUUACCAGAAAUCUUGCUCAGAUAUCUACGCACAGCACCAUUUCUGAAAGGGAUUGUUAUUCUGAUAAUACUUUUGGGAGGUCAAGUUUUGAUUUUUCAAGCAGUUUUCAUAAUAUCUGAGAAAAACCAAGAUACAACGUAGGAAAAAUGAGAAAUUUAAAUUUUAAUGCUUUUAUUAUUUUAUAACUUUAUUAUUUGUUUUAAAUCAGUUAAAAAUAUUCGAAGACUCCGAAAAUUUAGACAGAAAACUUAUAUUUUCCUUAUUUAGACUUAGUAAUAUUUUCAAAUAAUUUAAGCCAUUUUUGAGCUAUUUAUAUAUAUUUUAAUUUUGUGCGUAAUUUUUAAUCAGUAGGUAUUCUGGGGUAAAAUUGGUAGACCUAACAUUAAUGCUUAAAAAGACACCAGGAAGUUCAUUAAGAGUCUUACUUGGUGAUAAAAAAAUAAAAAAUAAAGUUGACUGUAGUAUUAUUUUUUUUAUAAAGGAAUUUUAAUAUCAAAUUUUGACGAAAAUCGUUUGAGUAAAAAAAUUAUGUGGAAGAAACCUGAUUUUUUCAAUUAUUGUUUUUUAAACAUAUGCAUAUCGAUUGUUUAUGAUUUAAAAACGAUGGUGAAGUCAAAAUUGAGCGGACUGACUAUGUUUUAAAAUUAUAGCUUUUUUAAGUUUUGACAUUAUGCGGAUAUUUUAUGAUUACGUUAAAUAACUAUAAUAUAUUAUCUUCUCUAGAGUUUUUGUAGCCGAAUGUUUAUACAUUUUACAAAUAUAUUUUCGUCCUUGGUAUUGCGAGUUCAAACACGGGUUUUUAAAAGAAAAUAGUUCUCUUUUAUUUUUUCCCUUUUACUUAAACAGGGAAAAAACAAAUGCAUUUAGGUGUACCUAGAGAUUCAGCUAUUGCUCGCUCAGACUAUUUCAAUCGAAAAAUACCCUUCAAUUUGUUGUGCGAACUUUUCUACCAAAUGAUUUACUCUGAUUUACGAUGAAUUUACUUUUUCUGAAAGUUAAUCUGAUUGAGAAGGUACUUAAGGGAGAUCAUUUUUCGAUUUUCCAUAAGUUUUCCCAGAAAAUGUGAAAAACUGGAAUAAAACAUAGGAAAACCAAGUAAAACGGAAAAAUCAGUACAAUAUUAAACAAAUAUUAUUAAAGAAAAUACAUAAUGCCUAAUUAAUUAUUUUAACAUAUUAUGACAUAUAUAUUUUUAACAAACUAUCACUAUCAACUUAAUUCCACUCAGAAUCGUUUUUUUCGUAAAUAAUGGUUUAUCACAGGUAUACUUUAAAUUACUUAUAACAGUGACUGUACCCUACCUCAUCAUCCUAGGUUAUCUUUUUUUCUUUAUUGUGUACAACAAAUCUACCAAUAAUCUGGUUCCAAUAUGUAAGCAUGGAACCAUUUCUAAAAGAAAAUAUUGUCUUGAUGGUACUUUAAAAAGAUAAUUUUUUGAUUUUCCAAGUGGUUUUCAUAAUACCCAGGAAAAUCCGGGAUAGAAUGUAAUGAAAACGGGAAUUUUACGAAAAUAAUGGUUUUAUUAUUUUCAAUUUUGUUAUUUGUUGUAAUUCGGUUGAAAAUAUUUGUAGCCACUUGAAAUUCGGACAUAAAACUCAAAUUUACUUUUUAAAGAUAUGGUAAAAUUUCAAAUAUUAUUUAUUUCUAAGCUAUUUAUAGACAUUUUAAUUUUGCGAGCUCUGAACAUAAUUUUUAUUCAGUAGGUACUUUGUGAUAAAAUUAUUAGGCUAAACAAAAAUGUUUGAAAAUUUAACAGGUUCAUCAAAAGUCGUAUUUGUGGUAAAAAAAUAAUAAUAAAGAAUUGAGCUUGGUGUAGUAAUUAUUUUUUGACGUCUAAUUGUCCUCACGUGUAAACGGCUACGUCCAUUUGUCCCUAUUCGUCCGUUAAGAAUGAUUUAUUGCGUACAUAUAUAAAUUAAAUAACUAUGUCAGCCUACAACAUCUCAUAAACUACAGCAUCACUUGUCCAUAUCAUUUGCUCUUUUUUUCUAGAUUUUCGCUAUUAUGAUGAUCCAUCUGAUCAAUACAGGAGCAAAGGAGAAGGAACUGUAAUGUUAAUGUGGACAAUGGUAUACGACAAAGCUAAAGAUUUAUUUGUGACCGAUAUAAGUUGGAACCCUUAUUAUUUUGAUUUAUUUGCCGUGACGCUUGGAAUUCGUGAGUAAAAAAAAUUGUAUUUUAGUUUUUCAUUAUAUAAAGAAUAUCCAUAGUAGGUAAAUAUUUUAGAAACUAUUAUGGAGCUUACUACUCAGCUUACUAUUGACACUAUGUCGGUUUUGGUGAACAUAGUAGUUGGGAGAGAAUUAAAGGGAAAUUGCCUCCUAAGGGUCCGUGUUUUAAAAAAAUUUGGGUCCCUCCCUCAUAUAAAUUCCUAAAUACGCCAUUGAUUAAAUAUUUUAUUUAAUGUACCUAAAAUUUUAUUCAAAUGGAUAGAUAGAUACUUUAUAUAAUGUUUAAUAUAAGGGCGGUAUUAUACCUAUUAGAGACAUUUUUGUUCUCAAGAUAUUAUUACCGCUAUAAUUUUGCCGCGAUGUUUUUGCUGCGGUAAUUUGACGUGGAUCUUUCGUGUGCAUUUCGAUACUGGAUUUCCGAAAUAUCACCCCUAAAGGAUGGUUCACACUGGGUAUUUAAAAUUUUUGAAAUGAAAAUAAAAUUUUAAAAUAAUAAUAGUGUAUUAAUCAGUGUAACCCCAUGGUUUUACAUGGGCAUUCAUAUGAAAUAAAAAGAGACAGUGGCUAGACGGGGAGACAUGUACUCAAAUAAAAUAAUAUAUACUACAUGAUUAAAUGUCUAAAUGAUUAACUUUUUAAAACAAGUUCAUAGAAAUAUUUGCGUCAAUUAAGUUGUAUUUAAAAUAAUAUUUCAGCGCAGGGUCAUCGACCAUUUAUUGAAACCCCGGAUUUGGGUUAUGUUUGCCUAUGGUCUUUGAAGAACACAUCAUUUCCCGAAUAUGUGACUCAAACGCAUAGCGCUGCAAUAUGUGUAAGUUUCCAUAUUGAGCACACGAACAUUCUCGCCGUGGGUUUGCGCGACGGUAGCGUGGCCGUGUACAAUGUUAAGUUGCAGACCACCGAGCCGCAGUACAAGUCAACGUCCGACGAAACAAAACAUAUGGCAUGUGUGAGACAGGUAUAAUGGAAGAUGGAUUCAUGAAUGUAUUAAAGAUGAGAAUGCUUAGAUGGACGAGUGAAGAAGUCAUUAAUAAGAGGCAUCUGCAAUAUUGAAACAAGGGGGGGAUGGGUUAUACUAGCUGUAUAUAAUUUAUAUAACUUGUAUUAUAAUUAUACAUACAUUUUUUUAUAAUUUUAUAUACGUAUAUAAGAUAUAUAGGUCAUGCAAGUCACAUUUUUAGUAAUUUAUUGGGUAUUCUAAGAGUUUUUCCAAAAAUUUAUAUAAAAAUAACAAGCUCCCUCAAAAAAAAAAAAUAGUAAUAAUAAUAAAAAUCCACUAGGUUACUAUACUAGGCGCAUUCGGUCUUUUUGGUAUAUAUAUGUAAUCUAGAUAAAAAUAAACGCUUUUAAGUAAAAAAUAAAACGUUCGACGAUCUGCGCAGGUUAUUUGGUGUGCAGAUUUAGUUUCCGGUGAAAUGAAUUUCUAUUCGGUAUCCGAAGACGGUACAGUCUGCCAGUGGGUGCUGUUACAAAACGAAAUGGUCAAGAUCGUUAAAAUGGCUUUAUUAUUGGAUAGUCCUAAAAUAGAGCUCUGUGGAAUUAAACAACCCUACUAUGGUAAUUCUAUUUGUUCUUUUUAAUUUCAGUUGCUUUAUGCUUUAUUAUAUUAUAAUACCUACCUAUAAGAUUUUAUAGCGGACACAUUUUACAAUGCGCAAAUCUAUAUUGUUAUAUUAUAAUGUAAUUCAAAAUAACUCUCACAUAAUAUAAUAUGUUUGUAGCUAAGGGUACGACGCUUACAUUUAAUCCUCAAGACUCCGAAAUAUACUUCGUCGGUACGAUGGAGGGAUAUGUUUUUAAAUGUAACGUUGAAUGGAAUUCUUACAUGCAAAGAUUUAAAGCUCAUCUUAUGCCAGUCAUCCGAAUCAAUUUCAACAAAUACAAUUCGAAUAUUUUCUUAACGUGCAGUGAAGAUAAUUUAGUGAAACUAUGGGAGGAUAAAAAUGAGUGAGUUAAAUUUGUUUAAAUUCAAAAUAACAUUCAGGUCCACAAAAAUUGAAGUUGAUUAGAAUUAGUGUGGGUAUAAUAUUAUGAUUAAGUAGGUGUUCAGUACUAUGUAAGAAUAGAUUUUUUAUUUGUUUAACUCUUAAAAUUUUGACGGCUAGUCACAUCCGAAUUUGUUUUUAAAAAAAGAAGCUGAAUGAGGCAAUAUUCUUUGCAUCACAUGUAAGUCACUUUUGUUAAUAGAAGUUUAAAUUUUAAACUUUUAAACUAUUUUCAAACUUAACUUAAGUUACCUAUCUAUCCAAAAAUGUCACCUGACUUAUCUAUGAAAUGCUAAUAGUAUAACCUGAAAAAAUUUAAUUCCAGUCUAUGUUCAUUUUUGGAUUAUGUAUAUUCUAAAAAUCUGACUAUAGAGUUACAUAGACAUACUAACUUGUAUAUACAGGAGAAGAUCAAGAAAACCAUAAGGGGUUAGAGGGCUGUAUUGAAAAUACAUGUAAGACAUAUAUUUAUGAUAUAAAUCAAACUGAGUAUGUGUGGGGAGCGAACAAGAAGGGAAAAUGAUCACUAUUCUGGGUCCACCACUAUCCAAAUCAUAUGUUAUACUGACUUACAGAGAUCCGCUGUUUACGUUCGACCUGAAGACUGCUUUGUCAGACGUGUGUUGGUCACCAUUCUCAAGUACGUCGUUCACCGUCACCACUACAACGAAUUGUCGGAUUGUCAUUUACGACCUGGAUGUGAGUGCAUACGAGGCAGUCUGUGACCAGCUCGUACAUCCCGCAGACGAAUAUCGGCUCACCCGAGUAGCUUUCGAUAAGCGGGUACCGUUGGUCGUGAUCGGGAGUUCUAAGUAAGACGUUGCUUAAUUAAUUUUAAAUAAGUCUUGAGUGAAGUUACAUAAUGGUUGUUCGCACACGUGCGUCUGUUUGUACAGGUCUAUGAUUGUAACAUUCAAAUUGUCACCUAACCUCCGGACAACAUUAAAAUCUCCAAAGAAGGGGGAACAAAUUCCUUCAGAAAUAUUGGAGCAGAACAAAUUGGACGAAGUGUUGAAUCAGGUUAGAAAAUAA